CGCAUCGUCAGUACACGUUCAACACCGUUCGGGACAGUUAAUAUUGAAAUAAUCGUUCGAAAACUUUAUCGGCCGCUAUUAAUCAUUGUAAUUGCCGUUUUAACUAUCGUUGUGAUCAGUUGUAUUAACGUAACUUACUCGUUCCGCGCAUAGUUUGACUAAAGGUACUUUGGUCGGCACGUUUAACGACCAUUGCGAUGUUGACUUUAAGGUGUGUCGCUAUGAUCGUCGCCGUGUGGCCACUCCUCGCCAUUACUUCCAUAUCAGUAGUGGCCCGACAUAAACGACAGCUACAAAACUCAUACCUCGGCUUGGGUUCCAAUGUGGAAAUACUUCCGGUUGGUGAUACGUCGGGGGUGAGCAGCUCGUACAGUGUAGUCGAAACAUCUAAGGUACCCCGCAGAGAGCACAACUCAUACAGGGCGAGAAACACGAACCGGGACUCGGAACCGGAACAUUCCGAGUACCGAGCGUACAACAAACAUCCGUCAACACGAGGUGGAGUCCGUGCUGGAGACGAACCUAAACCAUUCAGGUUCCCUGAAGAACGUCGUCAAACGAAACCUCCUGCAGCUGAUGCUGAUGAAGACUUAGAUUCAAUAUUAGUGCCUGACCAUAGACGAGGGGACUUGGCACCGGGUAACCGAAAGAAGUAUAAGCCCAAAAAGCCGCAAAGCGAUGACACGGAUGAAGAGUCACUAGAAGAGUCAAAAUCCCGAAACGUCAAGGAACCAAAGCCAGUGCCCAAGAACAUUAAAGAUAUUGUUGAAGAACGACCUGCCGAGAGCAAGAUUUCCAGUGAUUUGAAAGAUGAAGGCAGCAGGUACAUAGGCCAUGGAGCUGGUGGUUAUGGUGGUGGUAGCGAGUACGACAAGGAGAAGCACUACGACAAAGAACAGGGCCAGAAGUUCUUGGAAGGCCACAAGUCGGAGGAAGGUGAGAAGGCGGAAAAAGCAUUCAAGAAGGAGGAAGCUUACGACAAAGGUGAAAAAGAAGACUACGGAAGCGACGAAAAGCACUCACAGGUGGCCGAGAAGGCGGGUGAAAAGAAGGGCCACGUGGACGAGGCACAGCAUUUCGGUGAGGCAUAUCAUGGCAACCACGGCGAGAAGGGAAUCACAGUGGUGAAAAAGGGAGGACACAAGAAGGGCAAGAAGACGUCUGGAUUCCACAAGGUGCACCAUAAGGACGAGUACAAGAAGGACGAAGUGUUCUACGAUGAGUCGCACGAUGGUGGCGAGCACGAGGAGCACAAACAUGAACAGGAGAAACAUGCCAAGGAGAAAGGUGGAAGCGAGAAAAAGGGUCACUCUGACACAGGCUACCAUGAGAGUCACGGUUCAAAGAAGGCGGAGAGCGAUCAUGGCAAGAAAUACGAACAAGCUAAGGGCCACAAGUCCGAGGCUGGCGAGCAUGCGCACCACGGCCAACAGUCCGAAUUCUCCAAGAAAGGAGGUGUCAAGGAGGGUGAGAAGUACGGUCACGCUGACGCGGGCGGUGGUGGUUACUUCGAAAAAGGUGGAUACUUCUGAGCGAUCUAAUUUGAUUCCAAUGGCGGCGGUAGCAGCGGUGUGUAAAUACCGCGAAGACUUCUUUUAACUAGUUCAACGAUGUACUAUGGUGUGAUGCAUGGACAAUUAUAGGUGUUAUAUGUUAUCGUGUCCAUUGCAAGUUUACAUAUACAAAGUAUUUCUCGUUAAAAUGUGUAUUAAUUUAAUAUUUUUUUUUUUUUAUAAUUAUUAUUUACUUGUUUUUAGCCGCAAUUGUUGUGUUUACUAUAAUUUUUAAGGUUUUUCAUUAUAUUUUUAUUUCAUAAGUGUUAUGAGUUAUGACUUGUGUCAUAAUAAAAAUAUAUUGUUUAUUUUUAUUGAGUUUGAAUAAUAAUAAAAAAAAAAAAAUACUUGGUUAUAAUUGAAUAUAA